AACCAACGAUGCCGUUAGCGGGUUCUCCACUGCCUUCACAUUUCGUAGGACAGUCUAUCAUAAAAUGCGCCCUGGACAAGUUGAAACAGAACGGAAAAUCCGUCUUCCUGAUCGACGAAUCUACGGGCGAGCACUACACGUACUUAAGCGUUUUGCAAAUGAGCACUAGCAUUGCAGUGAGACUCCAAAAGAUGGGGAUUGGACGAAAUAGUGUCGUGUCAUCUCUCAUAGAUAACAGCGGGGAAUCUGUGUCGUUUCAAUUUGGAAUUUGGAUUGCCGGAGGAAUUUCUAACCCUAUCAACCACUUCCUGAAUCCAGCUGAAGUGAGAACGUGCAUUAUGACAAGCCGACCAGCUAUAAUUUUUUGUGGCAACCAAUACCUAAAGGUCGUUGAAGAAUCCAUACAAAAUAUUGGAUGGAAUAUAACGAUAAUAACGAAACACAAAGUGUCUCAGUAUUUAUCAUAUGACGAUCUCUUGAACGAAGAUAUAUCAAAUGUAAGUGUAGAGAUUGAUGACCCAGCAAAACACUUCGUAUUAGCUGUAUUCACAAGUGGUACCACUGGGGUACCAAAAGCAGUCAAAAUGAGCGACGAAAAUAUGUAUAAACGUACGUUACUAUUUCACACUUGGAAUAAAUUUUCGCGAGUUCUUCUGACAUCGCCUAUGUUCUGGAUCUCCAACCCUUUUACAAUAAAGAAAGCUUUGCUUAAUGGGAUGACAGUAAUUUUACCAGCCGAUUGUAACGCGAGAGGACUAAUGAAAUGCAUUACAAACCUAAAGCCUGAAUGUUGGUUUACUGGUCCAUCUGUCCUUAUUGAAAUGUGUUCUUUACCGAAUCUUCACGAAUAUGAUACGACCUCCAUGAAAUACGUCCUUUUAAGUGGAUCAUAUAUAUCACUCGCGCAUAAACAUCUGAUUCGUAAAUGCGUUUUCAACGAUAAUAACGUUUUACAUUCCGCUUAUGGAUCAAGUGAAGCCGGAUUUGUCUCUUGCUUUGAAAACCAAGUUCCUGUCGAUUGUCCAGAAUAUGGUUCUGUAGGGCAGGUCAUCCCUGGGAUGACUGUCAAAAUAACAGACCUCGAAUCCGGAAAGGAGCAGGGCCCAAGGGAAGAAGGAGAGAUCUGUGUUAAAUCGGAUUAUUUUAUGGCCGGAUAUAUGAACAAAAAUCUUGAAACCACUGAUUUAGAUUCAGAAGGUUGGUGGCACAUGGGAGAUGCCGGUUACUAUGACGAAAAAGGGUAUUUGUACUUCACAUCAAGGAUAAAAGAAAUAAUGAAAUACAGAGGAGUACAGAUAUCACCCUUUGAACUUGAAGCAAUACUGUAUAGACAUCCUGAUGUUAUUGAAGCCAGUAUUGUCGGUAAACCACAUGAUAUCGAUGGAGAUUGGCCGACUGCUUUUGUAGUAAAACGAUCAAAUUCACCAUUGACUGAAAAUGAAUUAUGUGCUAUAGUUGAAGAAAAUGUGAGCGAUUCAAAGAAAUUGAGAGGUGGUGUGCAUUUUCUUCCUUCUCUUCCUAAGAGUGCAGUUGGGAAAAUAUUACAUGGAGAGCUUAAAAAAAUGUUGAAGAAAAAUUAGUUUUAUGGGUUAUAGUGUGGUACUCAAUACUAUUAUCCUUUACCACCACUAAUAAUAGUUGAAAUAAAAAUACAUUAUAUUUGUAAGGGUGUAAUAACACAGGAAGAUCUUUCAUUCCUUACCUUCUAUCUUUCUGUUUAUAAUAAACAAUCACCUUUCUUUCUGUUC